AUGUUUGAAAUAUUUAAAUUUAAAUCAAAAACAACUGAAGAGAUCUCGAAAGAGAUCCCGUCAAAUACUACUGAUCAACUUGAAGUAGUUGUCGACGAUUCAGAUUUAGACUUAGGUGAUUUAGAAUCUGGUCCUAAAAGACCAACACUAAAGGAAUUCCCUUUAACACAAUUUGGUACUCAAAAACGUGGCUUCAAUUCUAAUUAUGAGAAUAAUAAUUGGCUCGAAUACAGUAUUAAUAAGGAUGCCAUAUUUUGUUAUGCAUGUCGAAUAUUUGGAAACAAUCAUGGACAGUAG